AUGCCCAAGAAGCAUCAGAAUCGCGCACUACUCACUAAACCUGCAAGCAGCGCACCUUCCAAUCUCAUCUCAAACCGAGCUCCUGCCUCUAGUAGCCAUGGCGAACCAUCCAAACGGACAGUCAAUGAACUCAUCCGCGAAGCGAGACGAGCCAGAGGGGAUGACAAACAGAAUAUCGACAAUGCAGCGUUGUCGUCCCUACCACCUGCGGUAAGAGCAAUUCUCGACAUGCCUGCGCCUGCUCCACCCCUCCCACGAACCCAGUUACGAGGUUCAGGAAGACUGCGACGUAUUCCCGGUCCCCCACCUCCCCGAUCAUGGUUGAUUGACAGUCAGCAUGCGCCGGAUGAUGCAAGAGGUACUUUUUCUCAACUACGCUGGUUAAGAGCCAGGUUACAGCAGCAGGGUGCGACGUUGCCAGGCGACCAUUUCCCCAGGCAAGAUAGUCUCCAACAUAUCUGUUUGAAAAACAUAGCUACAAAUUGGCAUUGGCAUGCAGAAUAUGAUAACACGUAUUUGUCGACGUUGCCUGUGUCGGUGAGAGAGACUCUGCUGAGCUACCUCGCUGUUUACAACGAUGCAUAUUGGCCUAACCCGUUUCCAUUCCUGUUCCCACCCGACUGUGACCAAAAUGAGUUCGACACCGUAUACCGGCUUGAUCUCGCAAACAGCCUGGGUUCAUGGGCCACAGUCCGAAAAAUCGAAAAAGAACUUCUCAUGCCCACCGGUGAGACGAAGACCAUUACAGAAUCACUAAAGAAACAGAGUGCGUUAGAGACGGUUCCAGAUUCCUGGGAGGAUGAGGUGGAUCGUUCAUUACCAGGUUCAUCUUUGCCCUCGGGCAUGCGAUCCUCUUUGCGCUUCACCAACCUCAAACAUUUAUCGUUGGCGCUCAAUCCAGCAUCUUCCUCAGCACCGUCAUCAUGGUCAUCACUUAUCAGCCUGUCUACGCAUCUUUCUCGCCUCGUGUCACUCUCGCUCGCUCACUGGCCAAAUCCUACUUAUACUCCAAACGCAGCCAAAGGACGUGUCAAAGUGGUAGACACGACGCUUCCAUCUUUACCGACGCAGACAUAUGGUGGAUCAGACUACUAUACAGCGUUUGACAACAACUGGCGCGAGGCUGCCGGAAUCUUGCGCUCCCUCAGUCGCAACCUCUAUUGCCUCACCUGGCUCGACUUGAGCGGGUGUGCGCCGUGGCUUCCGGCUCUUACUUGGACGGAUGGAGGCAAUGAACUCGGGGCAGACUUUACUGGAUCUUGGCGGAAUCUUACAACUAUCAUAGUCGCUGUGGGAUGGCUGCCGGGAAGACCGCCCAGCGAGGAGGAAUUCUUUGCCUCACGAUCAACCACGACUAGUUCUAUUGACUCAACACGUGCGAUCGAACACCUGUAUGGUGGCCGUCAGGCUAUACAGGAGUCUCUGGAAGCAAUUGCCAAUAUGCGGCUGGGCAAUCGUCGUCCUAGAGAGCCGCCGGAGGAGGAAGUCAAUCCACCAUGGAAUGUUGAGCACGAACGCGAGAAGCAGUACUUCAGGCGUGACGUCGAACGUUACAUCAGCCAACAGAAUACGGCCAAGCAGGUCGCUGGAGAGAUCAAAGAGCGCAGAAAGAGGGUUGGUGCACGUUGGAUCGAGUUCGAUUUUGGAGGGACACUGAAUGUCGAGGCGAUGGGCGUCGAAUGA